UGUAACAAAUUUAUACACAAAUAAUUUGGUAUAGAUAAUAAUAUUUAAGUAAGGAAAAUCAUAUAGGUACCUAUAGCAAGUAUGAGUGAUUCUCGGGUUAGUGGUAAACGUGCCUCCUCAGCUAGUAAAAGUGAUGCUAAAUCAGCAACCGGAAUUAGCAAUACAAUGUCAACGAAGGACUUGGACAUAUUGGAUUUACCACCAGAAACAAAUCUACAAACACUUGAUACCACUAAAACAGUCAAUCAACCACACACUCCUCAGACGUACACAGCUGAAUCGCCAAAUGAUUUUCCAUUUGCUCUACAUUUUUUAGCCAAUUUCCAUCAUAUUUGUGUAUUUACAGCACUGUUGCCUUUGGUGACACUAUUUACAUGUUUUGUAACCGCUUAUGUCUUCCAAUAUGAUGAAGUACAUGAAACACAUUGUAGGGUUUAUAACAUUGUACCCUCAAUAAGUGCAAUUACCGGCGUUAGUCCUCAGCGUUAUUUUUGGCGUUUUAGUAUUGCCUUACAUUUGGGUCCACGUCUGCCCAUUGCAUUCAUCUAUAAAAACUACUAUCGCAUUAUGUUGGCCAAAUUGCAAAAGGAACGUCCUGAGAAGGUGGGCAAUACUGUAUAUAUGGUGUACUUGAUAUUGGUAUUGAAUUGUAUAGAAAUUGCCUCGUUGGGUGGUGUUACCUAUAUUUCGAAUCGGGAAAAUUAUCCUAUACAUGAAAAGAUCUUUAUUACCUUUAUGAUCUGCUCGUUGUGUUACAUGUUGGCCACCAUUAAAUUGAAUGAAAUCAUACAUGAGGAUCACACCGAACUGACGCAAUUGCAAAGGGAUUCGAUUAAAUGGAAGAAGAUUUUAUUUGCCAUGUCAAUUCUUAGCACAAUUGGCCUACUGAUAUUCUUUGCCAAACAUCGUUUCUAUUGUCAUGAUUUGGCCUUCAGUUGGUUUGCAUUCUUUGAAUAUUUAAUUGCCAUUGCCAACAUGCUGUUCCAUUUCACCAUCAUCUGGGAUUUUCCCUUCCAAUAUAUGCUGGUGGUUCAAGGGCCUCGUGCCAAACUAGAAGAAAUAUUCCGCAAAUCGUUAGCGAAACUGGACUAAA